AUUUCCCCCACCUUCCUCGUAUCAUCAAUAAUAACUGCUGCUUGGGCUGGAUACUUGAUCUGAUUUCCCCUCAACCUGGAGAAAUCUUUCACCCUUCUCUCUCCCCACAGCAAAUACCUGCCGUUUUCCGCAACUUUUCACGACCGACUCCCUGACUGAUAGGGAUUCUUUCUUCAAAAUGGUGUCGGCAUCCAAAGAGAAACGUCUCGCCAAGAAGGCAGCCGAGGGCAAGGAGAAGAAGACAGUCGCCUCGCGAUCCAAGGCGAACUCCAAGAACGCCAGCGCUGCCGGCUCGGUCAACGGCGAUGAUACACCUCCCAUCGAACUCGAUGCCCACGGCAACCCGAUCGAGUCUGAGGAGCCCGCCACUUCGGCCGACAAGCUGGGCGAGGUUAAGCGCCUCGCCGCGCAGCUGGAUAAGCACGGCAUCUCGGACCGAGUCACCACGGGUGUCCUGGCAUCGACGCCGACAAGCAAGGACGUAAAGAUCACGAGUGUUAGCCUGGUGUUCCACGGUCGUGUUCUGAUCACAGAUGCCACUCUCGAACUGACGUUGGGCCGAAGAUACGGCCUGUUGGGCGAGAACGGUUGCGGCAAGAGUACCCUGAUGAAGGCUAUCGACCAGCGCGAGUUCCCCAUCCCACAGCACGUUGACAUCUACCUGCUCAACGAGGGCGCACCACCCUCCGACCUGGGCGCUCUGGAGUGGGUUGUGAAGGAGGCCGAACUCGAGAUGGAACGCCUCGACAAGCUGGCCGAGAAGUUGUUGGAAGACGAGGGCCCAGAGUCACCGGUUCUGAUGGACCUCUACGAGCACAUGGAGAUGAUGGACCCCUCAACUUUCGCCACCCGUGCUUCGCUCAUCCUGACUGGUCUCGGGUUCGACAAGAAAACAAUCCACAAGAAGACCAAGGACAUGUCUGGUGGCUGGAGGAUGCGAGUUGCCCUGGGGAAGGCCCUCUUUGUCAAGCCAACCCUUCUGCUUCUUGACGACCCCACUGCCCAUUUGGAUCUCGAGGCCUGCGUGUGGCUCGAGGAGUACCUGAAGAAGUGGGACCGCACUCUUGUGCUGGUGUCUCACUCGCAGGAUUUCCUCAACGGCGUCUGCACGAGCAUGAUCGACAUGCGGGACAAGAAGCUCAUGUACUAUGGCGGCAACUACGACACCUACACCAGGACCCGCAGCGAGCAGGAGACCAACCAGAUGAAGGCAUACCAGAAGCAGCAAGACGAGAUCGUCCACAUCAAGAAGUUCAUCGCCAGCGCGGGUACCUACGCCAACUUGGUCAGACAGGCCAAGUCGCGGCAAAAGAUCCUGGACAAGAUGGAGGCCGACGGUUUCAUCCAACCCGUCGCUGCCGACAAGGUGUUCACCUUCCGAUUCGCCGAAGUCGAGAAGUUGCCGCCGCCGGUCCUGUCUUUCGACAACGUCACCUUCUCCUACUCUGGCGACCCCAAGGAUGAUCUUUACCGCAACAUCGAUCUGGGUUUCGACAUGGACUCGAGAACGGCCCUCGUGGGACCCAACGGUGUGGGCAAGUCGACCCUGCUCCGACUCAUGACCGGCAAGCUGUCGCCUACCCAGGGCUCCGUCACCCGCCACACCCACCUGAAGCUUGGCCUGUACUCGCAGCACUCUGCAGAGCAGCUUGACCUGACCAAGUCGGCGCUCGACUUUGUGCGGGACAAGUACAAGGACAAGACGCAAGACUACCAGUACUGGCGCCAGCAGCUCGGUCGAUACGGCUUGUCUGGUGAGUCCCAGACGGCCCUGAUCGGCACCCUAUCCGAGGGUCAGAAGAGCCGUAUCGUCUUCGCUCUCCUUGCCAUCGACAGCCCGAACAUGAUUCUGCUGGACGAGCCUACCAACGGCCUGGAUAUUCCCACCAUCGACAGCUUGGCUGAUGCCAUCGAGGCCUUCAGUGGAGGUGUCGUCGUCGUCAGCCACGACUUUAGAUUGCUUGACAAGAUUGCGAAGCAGAUCCUCGUCUGUGAGAACAGGUCCAUCAAGCCAUGGGGUGGCACUAUAUCAGACUACAAGAACUACCUACGGAAGAAGAUGGUCUCUGCCGGAGCAGUUUGAACAGAAUGAACCAACAGACAGGCAUGACCUUGCAUUUUGAUAAAUAGAUAGACGGAUGACCAACGGUCGGCUAACAUUGCAUGCAUUUGCGCGAAGCCUAAAAGAAAAAGGCAGUUUGCGCCCAACGCACCAAAAAGAGGGGGGAAGGGUCCCCUUGGUAGGGGGUCGUGGGUCGUUGGUCCCAGCAAAAGAAGAAGACUGGCAGAAAGACCGCGCGGGAGCCUGGAUAUCCCCAUUACGGAGGGAAUCAAGGCAAUGCGCAACUGCGUUUUUUUGGGCACUGGGUAGAAUGGAUUCUGCUGGUAGCCACGAACCAAAAUCUUCAUCAUUACCAUUUCCUUUGGAGCCUG